AUGGGGCGCAGGUCCGUCGUGCGGAAGCCAGUGACGCUGGGGGCAGCGACGCCGAGUACUGCAGCACCCGGCACGGGCACCAGUCCGGCGCCGAAGGCGAAGAAUAAGAGGCGGGGCGGCACCGGCAAGAAAAGCUCCGGAGGAGGAGGCGGUGGAGAGGGAGACGUGACCGGAGGGGAGCACGCGCAGCUGAUCGCGCAGUACCACGCCCUCAACAAGUACCGCGAGUCGCUCGACCACGACCCCACCCUCACCCCCGCCGACCGCGCCGCCAAACGCCGCAAGCUCGACCGCCAGCUCGCCGAGCUGGGCGGGCUGGAGGCCUACCAGCAGGCCAGUCUGGUGGGCGAGACGGCGCCCGAGCACAAGUUCAACGCCGGGAAGUGGGUGGUUUCGGAGCUGCGGGCGGCCCGCGCGGCCGAGAGCGAGAAGAACAGUGGGGCGGCCGAGGGGAAGCUGCGGCUGCUGGACGUGGGCGCGAUCAAGAACCAGUACCUGGACCACGGGGCGUGGCUCGACGUGACCGCCAUCGACCUCAACCCACAGCACCCGUCCGUCAUCAAGGCCGACUUCUUCGAAUUCUCUCGCGAGUGCGUCGUUGCCGCCACCAUGAGGCGUAUACGCUUCGCAUACCAACGCAUCUGUGGUGGGUGGGUGGUGCGGCCGAUUAGGUGCCGGGAGCCGUUCGACGUGGCGGUGCUGAGCCUGGUGAUCAACUUCGUGGGCGAUCCGCGGCGCAAGGGCGAAAUGCUGGUCCGCUGCCAGGCGCUGGUGCGCGACGGCGGCACCCUCUUCAUCGUCCUCCCGCUGGCCUGCGUCAACAACUCGCGGUACAUGAAGCACUCGCGCUUCGUGAAGAUGCUCAAGUCCCUCGGGUUUGAGCUGACCAAGUCCAAGACCAGCGCCAAGCUGUGCUUCUUCGUCUUCCGGAAACUGUCGGCCGAGGAGCGAGCUCAGGUCCGAGAGGCCGACGCGCGGCAGGACGAGACGAUGACGAAGCCGAAGACUCGGAGGGAGAGCAAGAGGGAGGUGACGAAGAAGAGGAGGAAGAUGAACGACCGGCGAAAGCGCGAAGAGACGACAAAAAGACCAAAGCGAAAGCCAGCAACGCAACAAACGGUCGCCAGGCGCUGA